GAUGAGGAAAGAGAUGAUAGAUGUAUCGUAUCGGAAACGUUUCUUUCUGGGGAGAUUAAAUAAACAGGAGAAAAUUAUCGAGUAUAGUAACUUUUAAUGUUCAUCGGUUGACUGCAUCGAACGCGGUAUUUAAACUUCGUAACGAAGUUCAGACAAGUUCCUGUCGUCACACGCUCAUAAUCUGAUAUAUCAAUCACACUCGUAACGGUGAUAUACACGUUCUGAGUAAAAAAUUGGCGCACUUGUCAUCUACGAUCACUAAUAAGUCUUAUUACAUGAAACGUUGAGUUCGCAAUUUGUUUUUCGGAGAUUUGUGUUCGACGAGAUAAUGGCAGCGAAAGGAGCGAAAGCAGUGAAGAAAGCACCAAGAAAGAAGGGAGGUUAUCAGAUGCCCGAUCCAUUACCGGCCGGAGAGAUUCUCAUGGAUUUAUCUAAGAAUCAAUGGAUCCUUGGCAAGUCGAUCGGCAUCGGCGGUUUUGGAGAGGUUUAUUCUGCGGCACGAUAUUCUGGAAAAGUUCCCAAAGAUUACCCCAAUGUCAUAAAAAUAGAACCACAUGUCAAUGGUCCAUUAUUUGUAGAAAUGCAUUUUUAUAUGAGAAACUGUAAACCAGAUGAAAUUGAUAACUGGCAGAAAAAAAAGAAACUUGCUGCACUGGGAAUGCCUAGAUAUGUUGCUUCUGGAAGUCAUGAAUAUAAAAAUACAAAAUAUCGAUUUUUGGUGAUAGAUCGAUAUGGAAAGGAUUUAUGGAAAAUAUUUGAAGAAAAUAAUAGACAGUUUCCAGAACAUGUUGUAUAUAAAUUAGCUUUACAAAUACUAGAUAUAUUAGAGUAUAUUCAUCACAAAAACUAUGUACAUGCUGAUAUCAAAGGUGAAAAUUUGUUACUGGAUUUAAACUCCUACGAUCAAGUUUAUUUAGUCGACUUUGGUUUAGCUUCUCGCUGUACAUCGAGUACUGAAUUAAAAGUCGACCCAAAAAAGACACAUAAUGGUACUUUACAGUAUACAAGUAGAGAUGCUCAUAUGGGAGUACCAACACGUCGUGGCGAUAUUGAAAUAUUAAGUUAUAAUAUAAUUUUGUGGUUAUGUGGUUCACUACCGUGGGAAAAGUUACUCGAUCCAGCUACAGUUCAGAAGGAAAAAGAAAAAGCCUUUGAUAAUAUAGAUGCUUUUUUAAAUAAAUGUUUUCAUGGAUCAGUACCGCAAGCUGUACAUAAAUUCAUGACUUUAGUCAACAUAAAAUUUAAUGAAAUACCACCUUAUGAAAAGUUGAAAGAAACAUUAAUAACUGGUUUAAAAAAAUUGGGCCAUAAACCUGAUGGAAAAUUAAGAUUAAACAGCAUUGCUAUGUCAACCCAAUCGAGUACUCUUAAAUCUACUCCACAAAUAAAAAAAACUAUAAAUGGAGUGAGAAAAAGUCCCCGUACAAAACAGUUAGAUAUUUCAAGCACUCUAAAAAAUUCAAGAAAAAGUACUAUAGGUGUUAUAAUUGAUAAAAAGCGUUGUAAUAGAAAAGAUAUAGAAAAAGCAUUAAAUGAUAUGGAUUCGGACGGUGAAUAUGAUAUUCAAAUUCUUAAAAAAGCAAAAAAAAGGGGAUCCACCGAUAAAGCAAAUAAGAAAAUGAAAAAUGCAUCUCCAUUACGCAAUAGAAAAAAAAUCCAAAUCGAAAAUGACUCUGAAGACUCUAAAGAUGAAUCCGAAAAUGAUUCUGAUACAGAGCCAUUAGCAAAACGUUCAAAUAAAAUACGACAGAAAAGGCCGGUCACAAAUAAAACAAAACGGAAGAUGAAAUCUUUAAAUGAUUCAGAAACAACGUCUGAAUCUGAGGUUAUAUCAAAAGGAACAAAGUCAAGACCUAUUACGACCGCUCUUAGGAAUAAAGUGACUCCCGCAAGUAGAUUAAAAUCCAAAAAAAUAAUACUUAAUACUGAUACUGAAACUCAAUCAGAUGAAGAUAUAUUUGAUGCAUAAUUUCAGGAACAAUUAAAAUUAUAAAUCACAAAGUACAAUUAUAUAUGGUGUUUAUACUAUAAAAAUAUGUAACUGUAUAAUUUGCAUUUUAUUCAUAUUUUUCUCAUAUGAUUUCUUAUACAUUUGGUAUUAACAAUCACAAACGAUAUUAUUUACAUGUUGAUCAUAUGAUAGCAGUAUUGUCUCAGAUUUUGUAUAUAUGUGAAUAGUUUAUAGAAAUGAACAAAAUUUAGAUAAAAAAUUAUAAAAUUAUACAAAUUGCUUGAUACACUAUUUUAGUAAAAUA